AUGCUGGGUAGCGCCAUAGCCCUGACCCUGCUGGCUGCCGCUGCAUGGCUUAUGAGGCAUCGAGUGCCAUCGCUCAGCCCAAGCAACAAGUGCCUUCUGCAACUCCUGGUGGAGCAGUUGGCGGCGCUUCUGCAGCUCACGCAGCUGUGGGCGGUUCUUGGACGUUUACGGCACCCGGUCUCUUCCGGAACGGAGACGGACGAGCAAACCUCGAGCGACCCAGUCCUUUCGUUGCUGGAAGUUUUUCAGUUCACCAGCGCGGAAGUGCAAAACUUCCUGGCUUUGGAAUGUGUGUACGAUGGAGUCGCCGUACGAAGUCUUUUUGCACUUGCCACACCGCUGGUUCCGCUGCUGAUUCUGCUACUUUGCAGCUGUGUGGAGAUCUUCUCCCGUGGAUUGGGCAUCCGCGUGGGUCUCAAGAUCCUCACGGUGCUCUUCAUCGGCGGUGCCUCGGGCAGUGCGCAGCUGCUAGGUUGCCAGGAAGUCGAUGGUGCAGGUGUGCCUUUGAAGGACUUCUCCUACCGACCGCUCUUCCCACAGCAGCGAUGCAACGAAGCGCCCUGGGUCGACAGGAUUGGCUGGACCACUGCUCUUUGCUACGGCGUUUUCAUCCCUUGCUUCCUGGGAUUUCUCUUCGCGGAGCAAAAUGUGAUCAUGCGAAAAGUCAAGAUGGUCAAUAUCCAAACUGCAUUCCAGGAGGGAAAGGUCCUAGUCCGGCUGCAAGGGCUCACAGCUGAGCAAUCCUUGAAGGACUGGGAUACCAUGUUGACCAAACGCCUGGUGUGUGGCGCAGCAGCCUAUGUGGCCGUGCGCGUGAAGGGCCGAGCAGUGGUGGAACUGGCGAAGGAUGCCGUGAUGGUGACUCCCGCCGAGGGACUGGGAGCCUCCGGAAGCGGAGAAGUCGAAAGCUUGGUCUUCGGAUCUGACGCGGAGGAGCUGGAGGCAUUGCAGUGUCAUGUCAUGGCGCAGAUGCUGAUGGAGCGAAGCAUUCUGGAGCAGGAGGAAGAUCGAGUGAUGCUGGGUGCGAAGCAGCUCUUUUUGAAGUAUGCGAAGUGCGAAAAUGUUUGGAUGGAGGUUUGCGUCAAGGUGACAGCAGCUGCCUUGGUCUCUGUGGUCGCUGUGAACAAUCUGUGGCUUUCCGUGGCCAUCACCCUGGGCAUGGCGCUGGUCAUUGGCCUCACUCGGCCCUUCGUGCAGCCGCAGUUGAAUGUCCUGCAGACCGCCUGCUUCGCCUGCUUGGCUGUGGCGGCGGUGGGAUUUCGGUACCACGUGGCUUUGGCACGCCUGGCGCUGGCCGUUCCCUUCGGUCUGUUGCUGGUGCAGCUGCGACACCCGGACUCACCCGAGAUGUUGGCGCUCAGGUUGCAGCAGGAGUUGGAGGAUAAGAUCCACGAGGGUCCCGUGGAAGUCAGUGCCGAACAGUUCGCUUAUUAG